UACAAAGAAAUCUGUUGCGGUUUACGACUGAACGAAAUCUUCUCUUACUCAUGUUAUAUCAUUUUUCCGACUACUGUAACCAAAGUACGUUUCAGCAGGCUUCAGUCAAUUGCUGGUUGAUCCCAUACGUUUUAAAAACGUUACACAGUCCUGAACAGCCUAAAAAUAAUAUUUAUCAUUUGCGCUUUUUGCACUUUUAAGUUACAUACAAUGUCUCUCAUCUGAAAAAAAACAGCAGUUUUUUAAAGCGAUGAAUUAAAUAUGCCUUUAUUCUAAUUUGUUUCUUGCAUCAUUUCUCCUUUUAGGAAACAAACAUCGAAAUUUUAAAAAUUUAACAAAAACAUGUUCCAAAAGACAUCAAGUAUGGCAAUGUUGUGUUGACUAUAAUGCUGAUGGAAGAUUAUCAAGAAGUGUUUUAAAGAAUGAUACACAUUUGCAUUGUGUUAGUCCAUUGUCAGACGAAUUAUUAAAAGAUCUGCAAGGGAAAGAUCAUCAAGAAAGUAUUCGUUGUCCUGAUGCUGAUGCAUGUGUUCGUUUUGUACAAGACAAUGGGAAAGUUGAACAAAUUUGUCUACGCGGCCAUUUGGAGCACAAGCAUAUAUUAGGUGAGCUUAAUAGAUGUAGUAUAACAGGAAGUCAAUGGAGUAUAACUGCAAAUGUUUUAAAAUUAUUGUUAGUAAAUAAUAAAACAAGUUUAAUAUUAUCAUCAUUUACCACGACGAACGGUGGAUCAACACCAUUUUUUGACGAACAUACAAAUUCAUUAAACUCCACUACAGGAAUUGUAAUGGAUGUAGCCUCUCAGCAUUUUCUAUUUUUCUCGUGUUUCUUUAGAUCCAAAGGUUAA